AGAAGGGAAAAAAAAUACGAAAAGCAAAAAGGAAUAAACGGAGGGGGCUAAACACCAAAAUUCCCCCUCUCCUUCUCCUUCCCCUCCUCCCGAAACCCUCGCCGCCGUCGCUGUCGAAACCCUCGCUGCUGCUGCUGCCGCACGGCGCGGCGGGGUACCGGGUCCCCCUCCCUGCGGCGGCGCGGAGGGGUAGGUCUCCCCCCCCUCGCUGCGGCGUGGCGGUGGGGGGUGCGGUGCCGGCUGCCGCGCCAUGAUCUUGCGCCGGUGGACUGCGCCUAUCCAAUAAAAAAAAAAGAUAAAGAUAGAACAAGUAGGUUACUUUCCGUACCAUGGGGCGACCGGGGAUGGACUCCAGCGAAGGGAGGGAGAGCAAUGGCGUUGUUCCUGAACGUAAUGGUGGUGCUGUCCCUGCAAAACAGCAGUUGGACGGGAAGGACACCUUGCGGUACGCCAACAUCCUCCGCUCCCGCAACAAAUUUGCCGAAGCACUCCAGUUGUACAAUAAUGUCCUUGAGAAGGAUGAAGCCAAUGUGGAGGCCCUUAUUGGCAAAGGGAUUUGCCUCCAGGCACAGAGCCUACCUAUGCAGGCCAUCGAGUGCUUCAACGAGGCCGUCAGGAUCGACCCAGGGAAUGCAUGUGCUCUCACUUAUUGUGGGAUGAUAUACAAAGAUGAGGGUCACUUAGUUGAAGCUGCAGAGGCUUAUCAAAAAGCUCGAAAUGCAGAUCCUUCCUACAAACCUGCUGCAGAGUUUCUUGCUAUUGUGUUGACCGAUCUUGGAACUAGCUUGAAGCUUGCAGGUAAUACAGAGGAGGGGAUUCAAAAAUAUUGUGAAGCUUUGGAAGUUGACAGCCACUAUGCGCCUGCUUAUUACAACCUUGGUGUGGUUUACUCGGAGAUGAUGCAAUUUGAUUUGGCUCUUACUUGUUACGAGAAAGCUGCUUUGGAGAGGCCAUUGUAUGCUGAAGCUUAUUGCAACAUGGGAGUUAUUUACAAGAAUCGUGGAGAAUUAGAAGCAGCAAUUGCCUGCUACGAGAGGUGCUUGACUAUUUCCCCAAAUUUUGAGAUUGCCAAGAAUAACAUGGCAAUAGCACUAACCGACUUGGGUACAAAGGUAAAAAUUGAGGGUGACAUUAAUCAAGGUGUGGCAUAUUACAAGAAAGCUCUGUUCUACAAUUGGCACUACGCUGAUGCCAUGUAUAAUCUUGGUGUCGCAUAUGGUGAAAUGUUGAAUUUUGAGAUGGCUAUUGUUUUUUACGAGCUUGCUCUGCACUUCAAUCCUCGCUGUGCGGAGGCAUGCAACAACCUGGGAGUAAUAUACAAGGACAGGGAUAAUCUUGACAAAGCUGUUGAAUGUUAUCAAAUGGCCUUGUCAAUUAAGCCAAAUUUCUCUCAGUCAUUGAAUAACCUUGGAGUUGUCUACACUGUCCAGGGAAAGAUGGAUGCUGCUUCAAGCAUGAUUCAGAAGGCCAUAUUUGCAAAUUCCACGUAUGCUGAAGCAUAUAAUAACUUGGGUGUUCUUUACAGAGAUGCAGGAAGUAUUACUUCAGCCGUACAAGCUUAUGAGAAAUGCCUUCAAAUUGAUCCUGAUUCACGAAAUGCUGGUCAGAAUCGUUUGCUUGCGUUGAAUUAUAUUGAUGAGGGCUUUGACGACAAGCUUUAUCAAGCUCACAGGGAGUGGGGAAAACGCUUCCUGAAAUUGUAUCCACAGUAUACUAGUUGGGAUAACCCAAAAGUCGCUGAUCGUCCUCUGGUCAUUGGCUAUGUGUCUCCUGAUUACUUUACUCACUCUGUGUCAUACUUCAUUGAAGCUCCCCUUGCACACCAUGACUACUCAAAUUACAAGGUGGUUGUGUAUUCUGGUGUUGUGAAGGCAGAUGCCAAGACCCUUCGAUUCAAGGAUAAGGUAUUAAAAAAGGGUGGGUUGUGGAGAGAUAUAUAUGGUAUUGAUGAAAAGAAGGUUGCUAGCUUGGUAAGAGAGGACAAAGUGGAUAUACUUGUGGAACUUACUGGUCAUACGGCAAAUAACAAGUUAGGAACAAUGGCAUGCAGGCCUGCUCCUAUUCAGGUUACAUGGAUUGGCUACCCUAAUACAACAGGUCUGCCAACAAUUGACUACAGAAUAACAGAUUCAUUGGCUGACCCACCUGAUACAACCCAAAAGCAUGUUGAAGAGUUGGUGCGCCUUCCUGAAAGCUUUCUUUGUUACAGUCCUUCCCCAGAAGCUGGGCCAGUUUGUCCCACUCCAGCAAUUUUAAAUGGUUUCAUCACGUUUGGGAGUUUUAAUAAUCUAGCAAAGAUUACACCAAAAGUAUUGCAAGUUUGGGCCAAAAUUUUGUGUGCAGUCCCUAACUCCCGUCUUGUGGUUAAGUGUAAGCCAUUCUGCUGCGACAGUAUUAGACAGAAAUUCCUAUCAACACUAGCAGAAUUGGGUUUGGAGCCGUUACGAGUUGACUUGCUGCCACUCAUCCAUCUCAACCAUGAUCACAUGCAAGCAUAUUCCCUAAUGGACAUAAGCCUGGAUACGUUUCCAUAUGCUGGAACUACUACUACAUGUGAAUCUCUAUACAUGGGGGUUCCAUGUGUUACUAUGGCUGGCUCAGUCCAUGCUCAUAAUGUUGGUGUUAGUCUACUCACUAAAGUUGGGCUGGGGAGGCUGGUUGCGAAGUCUGAGAAUGAAUAUGUUAGCUUAGCAUUGGAUUUAGCGGCAGAUGUUACUGCCUUGCAAGAACUGAGAAUGAGCCUCCGAGGGCUGAUGGCGAAAUCACCAGUGUGUGAUGGAGAGAAUUUCACACGUGGUCUGGAAUCUGCAUACAGAAACAUGUGGCGCAGAUACUGUGAUGGGGAUGCACCUGCCCUCAGGCGGUUGGAUCUGUUACAGGAAGAGCCAUGCUCCAAUAACAAUAAGCAAGAUUUUGAUGACAAUCAGGUCGCAAAGCUCGCAGAUCUGAAAGCACAGAGAGUGGAUGCCGCGGUAGAUGGAGACAAGCAAUCCCAGUUAACAGCGCAUGCUGCAGUAGUAGGGGAAGUUCAGCAGGCCCCAAUAAUGGUGAAUGGUGUGAGUUCACCUGUCUCUUCUGGGAAAGUUGAAGCAAAUGGGCACAUAAGCCGGUGACCAAGGGGAGUCGAGCAUACUCCAUUGAUGUGGGAAACACUGACCCACUGUAGCUUGAGAUGCACCAUUGCUGUGGUGGACAUUUGUUCUUACAGAAUUCGACGCUUUGCAGGCCUACACUGGGUGUCUCAUUUGUCUGACACCCACAAUGGAUAAGAAAGAAGAGCACUUCUGUGCCAUCCGACGGUGAUUUCUCUGGUUACACUUUGACCUUUGUAGCAAAUGUAAGAUUGAUGGGGGAUAUGCUUAUAGAGUUUGAUUUGUAGAGGUAUACCCCCUGUGUAGGUUUAUGAACAUGAUGGCUUCAGUUGCCAUAUGUUAGAAGAAACAGAGAAAGAGGAGGAAGCCCUUGUUGUAAAUGCAGAAAAAACAGAACUGAAAAACUACUAGAAUCAAUUGACGGCGGCAUUUCAACA